AAACCCGUGCUUCUCGAAACCCUAUAUGCACCAAACCAUGUCUACUGCUUUCUUCUCCCCUUUCCUCUCCUCCUGCAGAUUCAUUCCUCAGGCUUCAGCAAGCUCGUGCUCUUGAAGCUGGCCACGAUGCGGAUUGUCACAGUGCCCCAGCUGGAGGACAACUAUGGCUACCUGAUUAUAGACGAUGCCACCAAGGAGGCCGCUGCAGUGGACCCGGUGGAGCCUUCCAAAGUGACUGGCGCAGCCAGCAGGGAGGGCGUCUCCAUCACUACAGUUUUGACCACCCAUCAUCACUGGGAUCAUGCUGGGGGCAACGAAGAGAUGGUCAAGCGCAUUCCCGGGAUCAAGGUGGUUGGGGGGGCGCACGACCGUGUCGCUGCCUGCACGCAUCCAGUAGAGGAAGGGGAUGAGGUCUCAGUGGGAAAGGGGGUUAAAGUGAGGGCGCUUUUCACACCCUGUCACACCAAGGGCCACAUCAGUUACUAUGCCACGGGGUCAUCGGAUGAAGCGCCCGCUGUCUUCACUGGGGACACCUUGUUCAUCGGCGGCUGCGGCCGUUUCUUUGAGGGCACCCCGGAGCAGAUGCAUCGCUCACUGCUGGGAGUCUUGGGCCGUCUGGACCCCGCGACCAGGGUCUACUGUGGCCACGAGUACACGGAUAAGAACCUAGAAUUCGCCGCAAGCGUCGAACCCAACAACGAGGCUCUGAAGCAAAAGGCCGCUUGGGUGAAAGAGAGCCGGGCGCAGGGCCUGCCGACUGUUCCGUCCACGAUAGGGGACGAGCUGGCGUUCAACCCGUUCAUGAGGGUCGAGUUGGACGCCCUGAAGGCAGCGACCGGCGAAACGGACCCUGUGGCUGUGAUGGCGAAAGUCAGAAUGAUGAAGGACUCGUAUGGGAAGAGGGGGAAGAUCUAGUGUGGCUCCAAUUAUAGGUGCCACCAGUGGUGAGUGAUAUGUCGUCGUGCAAGAACGUCUGUAGAUAAACUCAAUACAAGCAAGAUGCUCGCAAAAAGGGUUGCGACCGAGCUCCAGAUUGCAGAGAGCUGCAUCACUUCUUGUCACAGUGCUGAGAAAACUUGUCCACAUACUCACAGCAGCGGCCGUAAGAAGAGCGCAAGACAUGUCGAGUUGGACCAUGAACAAACCCUUCAACUUGCAACUCAUAUUUUUUGAGUCUAAACUUGAAAUAUUCCAAUCCGGCAUUUUGCAGAAGCUAUAAGGCCUCUUCGAAUUUUCAUAAGAGUAGCUUAGAGCGAGCAUAGCUGUCUAACAGCUUCAGCAAUCAUUCUAACGGAUCUCAACUUUCAGUCAAUGCCAGCUGUAAUUGUAAUAGCAUUCAAAUUGUCGAUUUUAUAGCAUGCAUGCGCAUGCUUGUUCUGAAGAGCCCGGCUGUAUCACGGCCAUAGCACCCGCAC